AUGGAUGCCCCGGUGAGCGCAGCACUGCGCUUCUUCUCUUUUGUCCAGGUGACCACAUAUUCUGGACAGCCCAUCGCACUACACUGGAUGGCUGGUCAAAAACUGAAUUUUUCAUCGCCGCUGUCGCCCUCGAAGCCUGGGAUGCUCGUAUAUCUUAGCCAUCGAAGCCCGCAGCGCGGAUCGCGCGCCAAGCGGCUAAGGCGAAGCAAGAUGCGGCAGUCGAUUUCUUGGCUGUCGCACCUGAAUCGCAGCCAGCACAUCAACGGAACCCCCUUAGAACCCCCUCUGAGUCUUGGCGGCGAUGAUCGCCAUCACAACAGGCCCUCUCCGUACUAUCCAACACUGCCAUCCCACGCGCAAUGCCGUGUUGAAAUCUCGCAUUUCCUUUCCCAACACCACGGACCCAUGGCUAGGGACCCUAACCCUGCCGCUAAUCCCGGUCGUCCGGGGCCCAUCGCGGCUAUGGCUGGCGAUGGAGUUGCCAUCAAGGAGCACCCGGCGGGAGACCGAGGCUGA